AUGGCCCACAAUCCCUACUCCGACCCCUCCGCGUCCAGCCUGCUCUCAUCAAGCAUAUCCUCCCUCUCCAACUCCCGUCACCAGUCCUCCCAGAUCGCGAAGACCUACCGCCAAGCCGCGCAGCUCUUCUUGACGCGCCGCCUGCCUGAGGCUCUGUCGACCAUCGAGCCUAUCAUUACCCCCCCAACCCGGCUACCAGACUCCACCGACGGGCAAGAUGAUCAGACCGAUGGAGAGGAGCAGGCCGCGCCCGCACCCAUUGCGGCGGCUUCGAGGGGAACGAGGGUGAAGGUGUGGUCCUUCUAUCUCACCUUUCUUAACGCGGUUGUGGAACUGGGGUCUGAGGAGGGCAAACACGCAUUCGGCGCCGCGAAGUGGAAAGCUCUAGUUGCCAAGACGCGCGAUGGCAGCAUCUGGGAGGAGGUCGUGCGGGAUGGGUACGGAGGGUCUGAGGGUGACGUCGAUGCUGAGGUUGUCAUCAACCUAGCUACGUUGCUGCUCACACACUCGCCGGACCAGAGGCUGAAUCAGCAACGGCUUGAGACAUAUCUAUCCGCCACAGCUCACCCAACCUUCGCGAUCGAUGACUCGUCCUUAUACAAGGAGAGGCGCGCCGAACCACACGGCAAUGGCACAGCUACGCCCAGAGACCUGAACACCAGGCUGAAGCUGCUUGAGCUGUAUACCUUGCACGUCCUACCGCGGAAUGAGGAAUGGGAUUACGCAAGGGAGUUCAUAAGUAUGAGUGAGGUGCUAGAUGAUGAGCGAAAAGACGCGUUUUUGCUUGCGCUGCAUGGGCUCAGGGCAGAGAAGGACAAUGCUGCUGAGCGUGAGGCAGAGCUGAGGAAGCGGCAGGAAGAGGAGCUUCAGCUUCGCCGACGCCAGUCCGAAGAGAGGAGGGCGGCGGCAGAGGACGAGAGAAGGCGGAGAGACGAGGAAAGCAAGCGAGCAGCGACGAGCCCGCCGGCAUCGACCUCGUUACCGCGGUCUGAGGACGGGCGGCCUAAGGCGGCAAAUGGCGGCAGGCAACAGACACCAUCAAGCAAGCCAUCAGCGCCAGCGAAAAAGAAAGCAACCACGCCACCUCCCGGUUUUUAUCAGCGUGCAUCGUCCGCAUUAAGCAAUAUGCAGAUCUUGCUGCGGAGCACGGCACAGAGCAUGACAGCCAGUCCGAUGGCAAUGCUGCGGACGCUGCUCUUUCUCAUGGUGUUCUUCUUAGCUUUUGGGAGGCGAGACCUGAGAGAAAGGAUACGAAGGCUAAUGAGACAAGUGUGGGAGAAGAUCAGGAAAACAGUCGGAAUGGGUGUGAAAGUUUCUUAUAUCUGA